GUAGAAAACAUGGCGUCCGACAGUGACGGCGACGAGGAUUUUGUGACUUACGGGACUCCCCUGGAGCCUCUGGAAGAAGACGAGCCGCUGAAGAAGCCCGUCCCGCUGCACGAACAGACGGUGAAAGAUGAGAAGGGACGAUACAGAAGGUUCCACGGAGCGUUCACUGGAGGAUUUUCAGCCGGUUACUUCAACACUGUCGGUUCUAAAGAAGGCUGGACCCCGUCGACCUUUGUGUCAUCACGGCAACAGAAAGCUGAGAAACGUCAUGCGAGGCCAGAUGACUUCAUGGAUGAGGAGGACUUCAGUGAACAUGGCAUUGCUCCCAGGGAGAUCACCACCAGUCAGGAGUUCUCAUCCAGCCGCAGAGAUGAGGCCAGAGAGAAGGCAAGAGCCAUCAACGCUCAGACUGCACUGAUCCCCGGAGACACUCUCCUGGAGGAGCUGAUCUCACCUGCCAGGUCGUCCAUCGGGGUGGAGCUGCUGAGGAGGAUGGGAUGGAAGGAAGGUCAGGGCGUUGGGCCUCGUGUGAAGAGGAAAGCCCGUCGACAGCAGACCGAUGAUGGAGCCAGAGUUUACGGCUGUGCGCUGCCCCCUGCUGGUUCAGAGGACUCGGAGGGCGAGGACGAUGAGGACUUUGCUCCAGAGAACGCAACAUUUGCCCCGAAGGAUGUGACUCCAGUGGACUUCAGCCCCAGGCCAGGAGUUCAGGGUCUGGGGUACCGCGGUCUGGACCCGGGCCUGGCGCUGCUGGGCCGAGGAGCACCUGAACACAUCGACCUGUUUAAACCUCAGUCUGAGACAAGGAGCGGGCUGUUUGGAGACACACAGAGAAGCUCACGGAGAGGAGGAGUGGCCGGACAGGCUUUUGGAGUGGGAGCCCUGGAGGAUGAUGAUGAUGAAGAUGUGUACCACAGAGACUCCAUGUCCAGAUACGACACAGUGCUGGGAGGAGAAGAGCCUGGAGACGGACUCUACGGCUGGACGGCUCCGCAGCAGUACACCAAGAAGAGAGACAAAAGCAAAGACUUGUUGUAUCUCGGCAAAAUCCUGGAGGGAUUCACUCUGGCUCAAAAACCAGCUGAGGAAAAAACUGUCUUCCCUCCCCCCACUCUGCCCCGUGACUACAGACCAGUCCAUCGCUUCCAACCCUCAGUCCAUGUUUCGGGUCUUUCUGGGGUCAGUCCUGCUCUGGCUGAGGCUCUGAGGACCUCCAGGGGCCACAUGGUCAAAGACGAGCCUCAGCAAGGAGGACGUCACCAGCUGGACUCCAGCCAGAGGAGGGUGCUGCUGGGAGAGGACGCGCUGCAAGGUCCUCGUUCAGUCAUGGAGCUCCUGAGGCCUGAAGACAAAGAGCGACUUCUCAACCUCCGCAACUCCUCCAACCCGCCCUCCACCACAACCACCACCACAACCACCACCAGCACCACGGGCUCCCAUGAUGCCUUGCAGUCAGCGGGGGUGUUGGCGGGGUCGGCAGCUCUGAGUGGUGCAGCCUCCUCUGGCCUUCAGCAGGAGGCUCUGGCAUCGUGGAGAGGCGUCCAGGCGUCCCCGCAGACCUUCAGACCAUUUGAGAAGAACCCCAGCAAACAGGCGCGCUACGAGCUCUACCUGAACCGCCUCAGACAGGGAGACAAAGAUGCUCUGGAGCAGAGUCUGGACUCGGGGAUGACGGAGUGGGAGCGCAGCAGGGAGAGGGAGGAGUUUGUCCGAGCGUCCAUCCUGUACAGACCCACCUCCUCCUCGCUCUCCUCCCGCUUCACCAGAGCCAAACACCAGGAGGACGACGACGCCGUGGAGGUCAGCCGGGACCAGGAGGGUCAGGGUGACGUGGACGACAAACAGGCUGCUGUCAAGAUGAAGAUGUUUGGAAAACUGACCAGAGAAACAUUCGAGUGGCAUCCUGACAAACUGCUCUGCAAGAGGUUCAACGUCCCCGACCCCUACCCCGGGUCCGGUGUGGUGGGUCUGCCAAAGGUGAAGAGAGACAAGUUUUCAGUCUUCAACUUCCUGACUGUGACGGAAAGCAGAGAGACGGCAGCUCCUCCAAAGCCUCCAGAGACUGGGAAGAAGUCGAGGUGGGACGUUUCAGACCAGAAGGAAGAGAAGAAGAAGAAUGACCCGCCUGGUGAACUCAGCACCGCACAGAACCAAAAUGGGACCAAAGUGGAGCAAAGCUCUGUUCCUGCUUUACCUGCCUCCACCAGCACCAGUGAUCAGACUCCAGACAACAGAACUCAGACGAAGUCAGUGGAUCAGCACAGCUCAGACCAGAGGAAGGAAGGAGAGGAGGAGGAGGAGGAGGAGGAGGAGGAGGAGAGCAGGCCUCCUAUGGAUCUGUUUAAGGCCAUCUUUGCCAGCUCCUCUGAUGAAAAGUCCUCCUCAUCAGAGGGAGAGAGUGAGGAGGAGGAGGAGGAGGACACAAAGGAGGAUGAGGGAAAAAUGGACCUACAGGCUCUGACCCUCUUCAACAUCUCCUCGACCAUCACCUCCACCUCCUCUGCCACCUCCUCCACCAGCACAUCCAACCAGCAGCCAGUCAAAGCCGACGUUUUGUCUCAGGCCUCAGCGCAGGAGGAGUUUGGUCCGAAGCUGCCGCCUCCUUCAGCUGCUCUCAUCAGAGGAGGUGCCACCUCCCUCCACUCCCCCACUGAAGAGGAGAAACGCAGCAAGAGGAGCAAAGAGAAGAAACACAAGAACAAGAAGCAGCACAAACAGAAGAAGGACAAGAAGAAGAAGAAACAUAAGAAACACAAACACAAAGGGAAGCAGCAGAAGAAGAGUAAGAAGGAGGCGUCAGACAGCAGCUCAGAGGACACUGACGACGACAGUGACGGUGAAGACGGACAGGUGACGACGGAGGAGAUCCUGAAAAGACUGAAGAGCAUCCGGUCACAUCAGACCUGUUGAACCAGCAGGACAUCUGUCCUCUGUGAGGACGACCAACCCGUCUGCUCUGCGCUCACCUGUUCCUCCUGUUUGAAAUAAUAAAGUCGUAUCGUUUAGUGCUGA